UCUCCCUCUCCCUCUUUCUCUCUCUGUGACAGGUUUUACAUACAUGGUACAAUCAAAGAAGUUCAGAGGUGUCAGGCAACGGCACUGGGGCUCAUGGGUGUCUGAGAUCCGCCAUCCAUUACUGAAAAGAAGGGUGUGGCUUGGGACAUUUGAAACAGCGGAAGAGGCAGCGCGAGCGUACGAUGAGGCAGCCAUUUUGAUGAGUGGCCCCAACGCCAAAACAAACUUCCCAAUCGUCACAAAUCAAACGGGCAAUCAUGACCACAACAACAACUCUCCAUCGUCUUCCACUCCAUUUUCUGCAAUACUUAGUGCAAAGCUUCGCAAGUGUUGCAAGUCCCCAUCUCCUUCUCUCACUUGCCUGAGGCUCGACACUGAGAAUUCCCACAUUGGAGUUUGGCAUAAACGCGCAGGGCAUCGUUCCGACUCUAACUGGGUGAUGAUGGUUGAGUUGGGAGGGAAGAAUGGACAAAUAAUGGCUGAAGAAAACUUGCCCGUGUCAAGGACAGGAAAAAUGGCUGGGCCGGAAGGUGGAGAUCUUGGGGUGGAUGAGGAGCAGAGGCUUGCAUUGCAGAUGAUUGAGGAACUUCUGAAUAUAUAGAAAUUGAUCACUUCACGUACACAGGCCGGCAGACCAAAGCGUGGGGGCUUUCAUGUGCUCGGUCCUUGACAUUUUGUGUCUGUUUGUUCAAAGUAGAGGUUUGUUGCAUUAAAAUCAUGAGGAGGAGGGUAUAGUCACCCACAUAUGUUGAUUUAAAC